UCCAGUUUUCACUUUAUUGCGGAGUCACACGCACACCCAUUAAAAAAUAAAUUACUAUACUCAGUCACCAGACUGAGUCCCAGCGACGUCGUUCUGUCAAUGUUAAUCUUUGUCCAAACCACGCUAGCAAAACAAUCGACAGGAAACCAAUAGGUCGUUGCAGAAACUGGUAACCUCUCAAAAUUAGAGACCGCUCAAUCCAUUGGGUGAGAAUACGAUGCAGACUGAAGCCAGAGUAGGAGUGGUGGUGGAUGGAGGAGGAAGCGCCGGCGGUGGAGGAUGUGGCCGCGGAGCAGUGGUUGUGGACGGCGGAGCAUCUCGUAAAUUGAUCACGCAGCAGCGCCGUCAGCAGUCUCAGAUCGGGACUGUUCCUCAGCUUCUCGCCGGUGGAGUUGCCGGUGCCGUCAGCAAGACUUGCACUGCUCCCCUUGCUCGGCUUACUAUUCUCUUUCAGGUGCAAGGAAUGCACGCGGAUGCUGGUAGCUUAAAAAAAGCUAGUAUAUGGCAGGAGGCUUCACGUAUUGUACGUGAAGAAGGGUAUCGGGCAUUUUGGAAGGGGAAUUUGGUCACAAUUGCUCACCGCCUUCCAUAUUCCUCUAUUAGCUUUUAUGCAUUUGAACGCUACAAGAAUGUGUUGCAGUUGAUUUUGGGGGUUGAAAGCCAAGGAGAGAAUAUAACUGCAGACCUUUGUAUACGACUUGUAGGUGGCGGUUUGUCUGGGAUAACUGCUGCUUCUGUUACAUACCCGUUGGAUCUUGUUAGGACACGUCUUGCAGCUCAGAGAAAUGUAAUAUAUUACAGAGGCAUUUGGCAUGCAUUACAAACCAUCAGUAGGGAGGAAGGGAUAGCCGGCCUUUAUAAAGGAAUGGGUGCUACUUUAUUGGGGGUUGGCCCAAAUUUGGCAAUCAGCUUUUCAGUUUAUGACACUGUGAGAUCUUACUGGCAGUCUCAUAGACCAGAAGACUCAACCGUCCUGGUCAGCCUUGCUUGUGGAAGUCUUUCAGGCGUUGCAUCAUCAACAGUAACAUUUCCUUUGGAUCUUGUGAGGCGACGAAUGCAAUUGGAAGGAGCAGGUGGUCGGGCUCGUAUUUAUAAGACUGGUUUGGUUGGUGCAUUCAGUCGUAUUAUCCAGACAGAGGGUCUGCGUGGUUUAUAUAGAGGAAUUUUGCCCGAAUAUUACAAGGUUGUGCCUAGUAUCGGUAUUGUCUUUAUGACAUACGAGAAAAUGAAACAGAUUCUCUCAGAUAUUGACUGAUGUGUUGGCUUGAGAUAUCGGAGAAUAAACUUACAGGUAUAAGGCGCCUCAAGAUCAUAUACCAGAGGUUUGUAAUUCUUUCGAAGUUGUCGAUGUAAACCCACACCAUUCAUGUAUAGAUGGUUAAAAGAAGGCACAAUUGCAGUAGCUAAAGUACAAUUCAAUUUUAUGAAUUGAUAUGA